GACAGAGAUCUCAAGUAGGGGGAGAGGCAGACAGAGAGAGAGAGAGAGAGAGAGAGGAGGAAGCAGGCUCCCUGCUGAGCAGAGAGCCUGAUGCGGGGCUCGAUCCCAGGACCGUGGGAUCAUGACCUGAGCCAAAGGCAGAGGCUUUAACACACUGAGCCACCCAGGUACCCCAAAUUUUGGUGUUUUUGCCACACAGAUGACCAGUGGUGGUAUAUUAGUGAAGGGUAAGACCUUCUGGGCAGGGUUUUCUUACAGGUAAAAGGUCACCAGUUUCUUCCAUUGAGAAUCAUGGCCAUUGUGAGCCCCUGUUGUUUAUGGAGUAUGCUCUAUUAUUUAUGUUUAUUGGAGUGGAAAAUGUUGAGGGUCACUAUGUGAAACACAGAAGGUCAUUUGAAGCUUCUCCCUAUAGAAAAUGGACUGCCCCAGGGUUCCUCUUUCUAGAAUGUGGAAGGUGGCUUAACCUGGGGAAAUUUACAUAGAGAACUGAUGGGAAAAUGAGCCACAAGUUUCCAUCCUAUGCCCUUUGCUGUUUCUGGGCUCUUUGUCAGGACCUAAUAGAUCUGAGUAGCACUAAAAGCCUGGCUAGGAUGACUAUGGCGUGAAGAAGGAGUGUACUGGGGGCAGAAAUGUAGUAAUCCUUUUCCUGGUGUGUGCAAUAGAAUAGCACACCACCAAAAAAUGUAUCCCAGUGAAGCAAUGGGGCCCAUUCACCAAGUGGGCUAAGAGGCAUCAUGAUGAAGAAGUAUAUUGGGUUCUGAUGGACGGCAAGACUUGCCAUGUGCUCAGGAAACUCUUUUAAGAGCUACUUUCUCUCCAGAUUACUGUUACAAUAGCCUCCAGGUGAAAUGCCAUCCUUCCACACUACUGAUGUCAGCUGGAGUGGAAUGGGGGUGGACACAGAGCAUUCUGGGACCCUUGUCUCUCAGAGGUAAUGACAACAGAGUACUGACGAAAGCUAUCUCCCUGAAGCAUGAAUUGCCAUGGCUGAGUAGAGUUCACAGGGAUGGACGCUACGGUAAGAUAACUGAAUUUAUUUUGUGCUUUAUAGCACACAGUUUGUAACGGUUUCUGUAUCUACUAUAUUACUCCUAAAACAGUCCUUCAGGUCAGCAGGGCAGGCUUGAAUACAAACACUUUGUAGAUACAGAAACUAAGUCUCAAAGGGACAUGCCCAGAACUAUACAGUUACAGAACCAAGACUUAAACUGGGAGUGUGGGUUUCAAGGUCAAGACUCUUGGGUUUUGCUAAAUUGCUAAAAGGCAACCCAAGCCCCAGGAUUCUGAGAUUGGUUGCCCUCAUUAACUGGGCAUUCAGGAAAAACCACGUGCCAUAGAUAACCAUACUUAGGACUUUCUGAGUAAGACUAAACCACCCAGGAAUGCCCAGCAUCUUUUGAGAAAAUUUAUCAAGCUUGUUGUAUAACCUGUGCUCCCCCGGGGUAUUAGUGGGUUAAUCUACAUAUGUAGGGUAGGCUCAAGAUUGAGCAGGGAAGAAUAAUGCUUUCUGGGUGAGUGACUGUGAGUAAAGCAGUCCAGCUCUGGCCUUAAGGUCACAAGGGUGUGGGUCCUGUCACAUGAUGAACUUCUUUGAGUCUAUCCAAACUCUUAUUGAUCACAAGCCUCUCUCUCAGAAUAUAAAAUUAUCUCCCAAGGAAUCAGAAACCAUCUCCUGUUCCUCUCAUCACUUCUUUGACCUAUACUGCUAGCUUCCUGUUCAUUACCUCUGUCCUAAUGUUCAGUUUUUCAAGCCAAGGGUCCUUUUGCAAUUGUUUGAAAGCCUUGUUCGUUCACCAUCUGCUGAUUUCACACAAAAUGAUCUUUCAUCUUCCCAAAGAAAACAAGCAUCUUGCAAUGUCUAAUUGCUGCCAAAAGAUAGAGAUGAAGCUCUUCCAUCCAGGGAAGCUCCCAGGGAGGUCUGAACUCUAGCCCAGUAGCGUUAGGUCCCUAACAGUAUCUGGGCCUGGGGUAAGAGAGCUGCUGCUUCUCCAACCCUUUCUUGGGGGUUGGAGAGCACCUAUUUUCCAAGGACCCGAAGCCAGCCUUGGGUUGUCUGGGAUCAAGAUCUCUUUGGGGGACCACACAGGACUGGUGACUUCCACUGGGCUGGUUAUUUUACUGAGGGUGAGGUGGGCUUCAGUUGAGUGGGGCACUAGAGUGGCCUAGAUGGGUCAGCAGCAGUGGGGAGAGAGCGCAACACCCACUGCAGCCAUCCGGGAGGAGGCGGUAACCCCCUGCCCCUGUGAGGCCAGUGCCAUUCUGGGCCACAGCACAUGCCUGUAGGGGAGCUAGGGCAAGGGAUCAGAGGCCAGAGCAGGGCCUAGGCAGGGACGUGCUGGGGUUACAUACACCUGAGAUUGAAAAGAAAGCUAAUCAGCUCAGAUACCUCUGAGAGUUCCAUUUUGUGCCCGUGCUUAAGAGUCCUCAGUCUAGUACUAAGAGCCCUAAGAUGAAAAUGUCUGGAUCCAGACAUCCACUCCUUUUCAGGAGUCCCAAGGCACACUGUCCUUGCUCUUUGCUCUUUGAUGCAUUCUCCCAGUCAGGGUUUUUAGGCUCUUCCCUAGGCUGUGCCCCACACCCUUAAGGAAUACCUUCCUGUCAGUGUAGUUCCCUCAUAAGCCAUAUGAGGGCAGACCUCAGAAGGAUACAGAUAAUCUGGAAGUCCGAAGUGCCCCCUCACUGCCCACCCCCACCUCAACAACAGUCGGAGACCCUGACCCUUAAGUGUCUAAAACAGAGGCUCCUCCUGCAACUAGCUUUUCCCCUAGCUGUAGGGGUUGAGUGAGAGAGGGGAGCCCCCCUUCUGCACCCCACCAGGGGACAGCUCAAGGUGAGACAUUAAAGGAGCCUCAGAUGCCAUUGAAUGAGCCUAGAAAAGAGGCAGCAUUUUCUAGUUUCCUUCCCCUAGCCUUGGUCUGCAGCCCAAUCCAUGUCGGCCCUUUCAGGAGCUUUUAGUGGAAAUUAGCCCAGACCUACCGAGGAGUCUGCCAGCACCUCCCACUGCUCUUUUAUCUCCUCUUCUGACUGGGACGACCCCCUACCAGGCCCCUUCUGGAAGCUACCGUCCUCUCCCCCCAGCACUGGCCUCUCUCACCCCUCCUUCCUUCUACCCCAGUCUCCACAUCUCCCUCCCAGUCGUCUCUUUCACCUCCCAAAGCCCUGCCUCCCAGCUCCCUCCCAGCCCAUUUCUUGAAGCUAGAGGAAGAGAGAGAGCGAGCCCCUGACAGGACUGAUAGCCAUUCCCCACCCUUUCCUCUCUGCCCGCUCCCCCCAGGGGGUGCAGAUGCCCGCUACAAAAGGCAGGAAGCAGAGUCUUCCUGAGACCAGCUGCUCUCUAGCUCCUUUGCCUUCUGCUGGCUAGACUGGGAUGCAUCUUUGCUCCUUCUUUCUUCAGGUGACAGUGGAUUCCUGAGGUGCCAGGCCCCCUACCUCAUUCCCCAUGAAUGCUGUGGAAAGUCCAGAGGGGCAAGAGCUCCAAAAGAUAGGGAGUGGAGCCUGGGACAACCCUGCCUACAGUGGUCCCCCAUCCCCACAUGGGACACUGAGGAUCUGCACCAUCUCCAGUGCGGUGCCCCCCCCGCCCCAACCCCAAAAGCCUGAAGAUGGACCCCAGGAGAAGGCAUAUAGGACCCUGAUAUCCAGCUGCUGCUUCCAGAUCUGUCGUGGCAUCAGAGGACUUUGGGGAACAACCCUGACUGAGAACACAGCUGAGAACCGGGAGCUUUAUGUCAAGACCACCCUCAGGGAGCUGCUAGUAUACAUCAUGUUCCUGGUGGACAUCUGUCUUUUGACCUAUGGGAUGACAAGCUCCAGUGCCUAUUAUUAUACCAAAGUGAUGUCCGAGCUCUUCUUACAUACCCCGUCAGACACCGGAGUCUCCUUCCAAGCCAUCAGCAGCAUGGCGGACUUCUGGGACUUUGCCCAGGGCCCACUACUGGACAGUUUGUAUUGGACCAAAUGGUACAACAACCAGAGCCUGGGCCAUGGCUCCCACUCCUUCAUCUACUAUGAGAACCUGCUGCUGGGGGUUCCAAGGCUACGGCAGCUGCGGGUCCGCAAUGACUCCUGUGUGGUCCAUGAGGACUUCCGUGAGGACAUUUUGAGCUGCUACGACGUCUACUCUCCAGACAAGGAAGAGCGUCUCCCCUUUGGGCCUCUCAAUGGCACAGCACUGGUGGUAGAAUUUCCAGCUACAGGAGGUGCCAUCCCAUCCUGGCAAAUUCGCACAGUUAAGCUGAUCCGCUAUGUCAGCACCUGGGACUUCUUUAUCAUUGGCUGUGAAGUCAUCUUCUGCAUCUUCAUCUUCUACUAUGUAGUUGAGGAGAUCCUAGAGCUCCAUAUCCACCGGCUUCGUUACCUCAGCAGCAUCUGGAACAUUCUGGACCUGGUGGUUAUCUUGCUAUCCAUUGUGGCUGUGGGCUUCCACAUAUUCCGAACCCUUGAGGUGAAUCGGCUGAUGGGGAAGCUCCUGCAGCAGCCAAACAUGUACGCUGACUUUGAGUUCCUCGCCUUCUGGCAGACACAAUACAACAACAUGAAUGCUGUGAACCUCUUCUUUGCCUGGAUCAAGAUAUUCAAGUACAUCAGCUUCAACAAAACCAUGACGCAGCUCUCCUCCACGCUGGCCCGCUGUGCCAAGGACAUCCUGGGCUUUGCUGUCAUGUUCUUCAUUGUUUUCUUCGCCUAUGCCCAACUCGGCUACCUGCUUUUUGGAACCCAAGUGGAAAACUUUAGUACUUUCAUCAAGUGCAUUUUCACUCAGUUCCGGAUCAUCCUUGGGGACUUUGACUACAAUGCUAUUGACAAUGCCAACCGUAUCCUGGGACCUGCCUACUUUGUCACCUAUGUCUUCUUUGUCUUCUUCGUGCUCCUGAAUAUGUUCCUGGCCAUCAUAAAUGACACAUAUUCAGAGGUCAAGGAAGAGUUGGCUGGACAGAAGGAUGAGCUGCAACUUUCUGACCUCCUGAAACAGGGCUACAACAAGACCCUACUGAGGCUGCGUUUGAGGAAAGAGCGGGUUUCAGAUGUACAGAAGGUCCUGCAGGGUGGGGAGCAGGAGAUCCAGUUUGAGGAUUUCACCAACACCCUGAGGGAACUCGGUCACGCAGAGCAUGAAAUCACUGAGCUCACAGCCGCCUUCACCAGGUUUGAUCAAGAUGGGAAUCACAUCCUGGACAAGAAAGAGCAAGAACAAAUGCAACAGGACCUGGAGGACAAGAGGGUGGCCCUCAACGCUGAGAUUGAGAACCUGGGCCGGUCCAUUGCUAGUAGCCCACCAGGCGAGUCAGGUCCAGAGGCUACCAGAGCAGGUGGCUGGGUUUCAGGAGAAGAAUUCUACAGACUCACAAGGAGAGUUCUUCAGUUGGAGACUGUACUGGAAGGAGUCAUGUGCCAGGUGGAUGCUGUGGGCUCAAAAUUAAAGAUGCUGGAGAGGAGGGGGCAGCUAGCUUCCUCCCCAGGCACGGGGGAUCAAGACAUUUGGGAACAACAACAGCCGACCCCAGCUGUGACUCCAGACCCCUGGGGAGUCCAGGGUGGGCAGGAGAGUGGUGUGGGAGGGGGCCUAAAGCAUCAGACAGCAGGCUCCUCUCUCAUUGCCUCUCCAGAGACAUCAUCAGGACAUGUCCUCCACUUCUAGGGCAGCAGUUCCCUCCACUGCUACUGCUGAGUCCCACCCCGUGUUUGGCCUUUUGAACCAACAUUUCUACAUGUAGCUCAUAUCAUGUUUAAUAGCUUGUGAUUCAGUGUUUCUGUGUACAGCCAUGUAGCUCAGUGCAGCUCUUUGAAGUAACAUUUCCCACUGGGCCCCUCACUCCCUGUGCUUCCAGCUCUACUGUGAUGAAAAAAAAAAAAAGUUAAUAACAAACAGAAUGAAGGAAGGGAGGGUAAUGUUCCCUAGGCACUUGGCAUCUGGAUAGCCAUGAUCUGGGAAAAAUGUAGAGGGCAGCAUUAUCUAGAUGUCUUCCUGUUUGUCAGUGAAAUUUAUCCUUUGUGCAUCUAGAGAUCUGCUGCUAGCACCCAUGGGAUUCUUGUCUUCCCCAUAGAAUUUCCAGGUGAAAGAGAAAGGGAAACCCUGGGGGAGAGGAAACUUUCUCAUUGUGGAGAUUACAGUGUUGCAGAGAACUUGGAGUGAUCCCUCCAUCCAGGACAAAGACCAUGAAGGCUCAGUUGAGGAGGCUGCUCACGACAUUCCACUGACCUCUGGGAAUGGACAGGGCUGUAAACAGGGACACAGAUGGAGCCUGAGGAGAAUCAGAGAAAUGGCUUCAGGAUUCAAAGGUCUUUGGAAUAAAAUGCGGUGGGUUCUGAUCCUGUUCUUGCAAAGGACAUAUGGGUUUCUCUAGUGACUAUCAAUAUGACUAUCAAUAAAAAUCCUUCGAAAAAUCA